AUGACUGGUCCGUCCAAGAAUUCUGGGACUGGUCCAGGCCAACCCGCCAUCGCGUCAGCGCUAGCGGCGGCCGCCCAACAUCAACAACGAGCCAGGACUGCGUCCCCAAGCAGCCAUGUGGACAUGACGUCCAAUGACCCCGCGCCCGCCCUCCCCACCGCGACAUCCGGUGGCAACGCCGCUCCCGGCACAGCUGGCAACACCAACGCCAGCACGACCACCACCCCCGGCCAAGCCGGCCAGGCCACGGCGACGGCCCCCACCGCGGCUUCUGCUGCGGUCUCCUCGCCUGCGGCUUCAUCCUCAUCCUCAUCCUCAUCCUCCUCCUCCUCCUCCCCCUCCCCCUCCUCCUCCUCCCCCUCCACUGCCUCCUCUUCCUCAUCUGCCGCAACCACCACUGCGACCAGCGCCCGGACCAGCCUCGGCGCCAGCGCCAGCAGCAGCGGCAAAGGCCCCUCCACCAACUACAGGAACGCUGUUGUCGCCAACGCCGUAAACGAUCCUGACACCGACACUGAAGCCGAAACUGCCCCGCUGUCCUUUGAAGAAGCCAGGAAGCUCUUUGAAGACGCAGGCAGCCCAACACUGACCAUCCCCCAACUCCCCGUCAACAAAUGGAACGAAGCAAUCGUCUACAUCGUCAGGAACUACCACCAUGUCUUCCAAACCGGCCAAGCUGGUCACACGCACGCCAAGCUGUUCUCUGCGAGCUUCACAUCUCAGGAUGCGUACCGCAAAGCCCUGCAAGAGGGCGUCAAACUAGGCAGCUACACCUACCAGUGCACUCCUCAGCACCGCGGUCUUCCAUUCAAACUCGAAGGCAUCGAACCCGACACUGAUUUCGAACAGCUGAAAGCAGCCAUCGCCCACUUCAUCCCGAACGGAGCCGCCGGCAGACCAGUCGGAGUCGUCUCGGACAUCACAGUCAUCACCCAACGCAUCGGAAAAACAACACUCUUCACGAAGAACGCAGUUGGCACCAUUAUCUGCACCAGGGCAGACGCCCAAAAGAUCGGCGCCGCCAUGGACCGCCUCAUCGAGGUGGACAACCACGCAAUCACCAUCACCUGCGAGUACCAAACCCCGUUCUGCCCCCGCUGCAAGCUCCGCCAUGCCAGGGAGGAUUGCCCAACUGCGCCGGCUUGCCGAUACUGCCAAAAAACGACUCACUCUCCCUACAACUGCCCCGCUAAGCACAAAGGCGACAGGAAGCGCAAAACCCAAGCGAGCAGAACCCACCACCACUCCGACUCCGAGUCGGACACCGAAGAGGUGCUCCCCUCGUACAAGCACCAUGCCACAACCAGCAAAUCCAUGGACGGUUUCAUCCCAGUCAGGUCGAACACCCACCGAUCCAAGGACCCCAACGCCCAACCUGGCGACGUCAGCAUUGUGCGCAGGACCAGCGCGAGCGCUGAGCAAACACAAGCCUCACCCGCUCCGAUCAGCAGCACUGCUAACGGACGCACAAGCCCCGAUCACGACGCGAGGAACAAGCGCUUCUGUGGGGGCAAUGCGCCCCUCCCCUUCUUCUCCUCCUCCUCCGCCUCUCUCAUCCAUGCACUCUCCAAUCCGGCCACCACCUACAACGGCCGCCCAACUCCUCCAACCGUCAUCCUGCUUCAGGAAACCUGGCUCACGCCAGCGACCGAAGCAGCCGCCUCCAACCUCUUCCGCGACUACACAUGCUUCUGGAGCUCCGAGCCGGAACCCAAGCACGGGGUCGGCAUCCUCAUCAGGAAGCCGGCACCGGGCGACACCGACCCCGCACUCUCGAGCCCAACACUACUCAGCACCAUCCCAGGGCGAGCCCUCAUCAUCACAGCAAACCUCAACAGCAAGCCAACCAUCAUCUCAUCAAUCUAUGCCCCGGCAUCUGGCUCACAAGCUGACAAAGUGGCGUUCCUGGACCAACUCAGCGACCUCAUCAAGUCAGCCACCCAGCCAAACGACGACGAGCCAAGGCUGCCCGCCAUCAUCGGCGGCGACUUCAACAACACACCAAACAUCAGCCCCCUGUACGUCCAACCAGAGCCAAGCCAAGAGCCUAGGAGCGCCACACAGGCAAACCACGCUCUCAAGGACUUCAUCAACAAGCACGCACUCGAGGAUGCCUGGCUGCUCAACCACCAUGCCGAUGACCCUGUCGAAUACACACGAUGGCCGAGCAAGAACCAGACACACCGAGCCUCCCGCAUCGACCUCAUGCUCCUGUCAUCCAACCUCCCGCUCACAAUCAAGUCGACUGCGACCAGGAUUUACCAACACUCGGAUCAUCGAGGCGUCUGUGUGAACCUGGUGGCGCCGUCCGCGGAAGACAGAUGCACUCCACCCUUCAAGCUGAACGACACCAUUCUCGAACACGCUGGCUUCUGCGGCAUGGUACUCAACGAGAUAGCAGAGCUGGCGCGCCGCCCCGACCCCGAGAACCACUGGACUGCUUUCAAGGCCGACGUAGCAUGGCUAGCUCAGUGCCUGUGCGGCUCCAUUGCGAAAGACCGGGCGAAGGCUCUGGCCCAAGCGAGCCGCAAGCUCAAAAUCAUCGAAGGCAAUCUCCUCGCAGCAACAUCCCCCGCAGAGGCAAAACUGCUUGCAGCCGAACGAGCGGAGCAGGAAGCCCGUGUCAAAGCUGAGCUCGAGCAUCGCGCGCAAGGAGCACGAGUCCGCUCGGCCAAAAAGUGGCGCACCGAGGGCGAACACCCCACCUCCUUCUACUUCUCGCUCGAAAAGCAGUCCCAAAAGGCGACGCACAUCCCAAUGCUCCUCGUCGACGGCAAAGAAGUCACCGAUGCGGCCGGCAUCACGGACGCCCAGCGAGAUUUCUAUGCCAAGCUCUACGCGCACGUACCCAUUGACCCAGCAGCUGCCCGGCACAUCCUCAGCCAUGCAAAGCCCAACGAGAUGCUCGACGACGAGGACCACGAGUUGAUGAGCAGACCGCUGGAGGCAUGGGAGAUCGUCCACGCCAUCAACAAAACUGCAUCUGGCAAGUCCCCAGGGCCCGACGGGCUGGGCACUGCGUUUUACAAGAAAUUUAAGCACGAGCUGGCCCCAAUCCUCGCCGCCAUCGCCAACCGCUCGCUCGAAAAUGGUCGCCUUCCGGAAUACAUGCAGGACGGCUUCGUCAAGCUGCUGUACAAGAAAGGCCCGCGCUCUGACCUUGGCAACUACCGACCAAUCUCGCUGCUGAACUGCGACUUCAAACUCCUGACCAAAGCAGUGAUCGCUCGGCUGCAGCUGGUGAUGUGA